UCCCUCCCCCCUCUAACUCUAUAACCCCCAACCCCUCCCUUCUCCAAACUUCAAUGCUCCAAACUUUUAACAUCCUUCAUCACUUGACUCUCUCACACACUUCACUUCUCAUUCUCAUUCUGCUCCAAGUACAUACUCCUUUUAGAACAACACCAUAGAGUAUUACUACAAAGUGGAAAACUAACCAGUGUUGUCGAGUCUUAGCUUCUGAGUAAACGUGUCUUGAUUUCUGUGCAAAACAGUGAAAUCAAACCCUCAGUUUUAAGAGAAAACAGUGGAGGAGUAUAGUUAGAAACUGAGUGAAGCCAAUGGGUGAACAACCCAGCUCAGAAACAGAGAAAAUCACUGACAUUCCUAAACGUUCAUUAUCGGAGCCCCGGUCACCCGACCCGAAUGAGAAAAGAACCAAGCGGCCCAGAGAAAGCAACGGGAAGCACCCGGUUUACAGAGGGGUCCGAAUGCGGGCAUGGGGCAAAUGGGUAUCCGAAAUCCGCGAACCCCGCAAGAAGAACCGGGUCUGGCUCGGCACAUUCGCCACCGCGGAGAUGGCGGCGCGUGCUCACGACGUCGCUGCUCUCGCCAUCAAAGGAAGCUCCGCCAUACUCAACUUCCCUGACCUCGCAGGUUCAUUGCCCCGACCCGAGUCCAAAUCGCCCAGAGAUGUCCAGGCCGCAGCAGCCAAAGCAGCUUCCAUGGCGGUUUCCGAUUCCAAAACGGCGUCGCAUUGCUCUUAUUCAUCGUCGUCGUCGGAGGAGCUGGGUGAAAUAGUGGAGCUGCCGAGGCUGGGAACGAGUUUUGAAAUACCCGACCCGGGAAGCGAGUUGGUGUUUUCCGACCCGGUUGAUGGGUGGCCUUAUUCACACACUUGGUAUCAUGAGGGGCAGGGCAUUUAUGAUGAUAGGGACUGUGGAGGGUAUUAUAUUGGGGAUCAGAUUUCAAUGCAGGACUCUGAAAGUUUGAUUCUUUGUGGCUUUGAGGCUUCAUUGUGGCAGUGGCAACAUUAAUGUCACCCAUUGCUGUGUGCUUUCUUUUUCUUUUCUUCUAUGAAACCUUCUUUUGUCCUUUUCUAAGUUAUAGCCCUUUUGCAUUUUUUUCACUUGAAGGGCUAAAACUAAAUUGUACUUGUUGCUAGUAGUGAGUGUUUAUCACUUUUAGCUUGUUUGGAUUACAUUU